AUGGCGGACUAUGAUAUCAUACCUUGUUACGACGACAAUGAAUUGUUUCAAGAGAAAAACGAUGUAACCGAUUUACACGCUUAUUACAUGUCACAGUUUAACCUGGAACUUGAAAACGGAAAAAGUAAAGUGAAAGAUAAUUUCAAAUAUGGCGUGGAAGAAAGUUUCGAUUUUGAAGUACUUGACUGGAAUAGCACAGAUAACAAAGAUUUUGAAAUGAUAGAUGAUGUGCUUGAUAGUAACAUUAACGAUCAAAAUAUAAAAGAGGUUUUAUUGGAUCUUGAUGGAAUAGAGUUUGAUGAGAGUUAUAAAACAGAAUCUUCUGUAAAAAGUAAAGAAAUAAACUCUAAUAAUGAAUACAUAGACGAUGAAUCUUUGAUAGAUGAACUUUGUAGAGAAGAUGGUGAGUCGUGUAUAUCCCCUGAAGUUUUUAAUGAAGAAUAUUUGAAUACAAUAACGCAAGAAAAUCUUUUGCCACCUAUAGAAACUGCAUUUUCAAAACGCUAUUGUAAUUUUAAUAAUGCAGAAGAAUAUAAUGUUCAAGAAUGCAACGUAACUAUGUCACAUAUACCUACAAACACACCUGUUAUAAAUAGCUUAGAACAUUAUAGCUAUCCAAAUAAUAUACUUAAUAAUUUGGAUAACGAAAAAAAAUACAUUUUACCUGAUACUCCAACGAGUUUCACAGAAUUUAAUUUUGACAGAACCGAAAGGAAGGCCUCUAUUUGUGAUUCUAUAGAGAGCGAUGUGCAAAGCUCAUGUUACUAUGAUGAAAAUUCAGAGAAUUUCAACGAAGAUGAAUUAUUUAUUAAUUUAGAUGAUUUUGGUUUAACAUUUGAAAAGGAUAAUGAUUUCAACAACGUAGUUGACAACAGUAGGGUCGAUAGUAGAAACGAUAAGAAAGCGGACAGAGAAAGGACUCAAGGUGAAAGAGUUUGUUUAUGGGAGAACUGUUUGGAAAGAUAUCCGAGUCAAAACACACUGGUGGAGCACAUAGAGAGAGCACACGUCAACACAUAUAAGGGUGACGAGUUCAGCUGUCUAUGGCGGGACUGCGCACGCGCACGACGACCCUUCAACGCUCGUUACAAACUCCUAAUACACAUGCGCGUUCACUCCGGACAUAAACCUAACAGAUGUCAUCACCCUGGCUGUGGUAAGGCGUUUUCCCGCUUGGAGAACCUGAAGAUCCACGUCAGAUCGCACACCGGCGAACGUCCGUACGCCUGUCCAGCGCCGCACUGCAGAAAGGCUUUCUCCAACUCGUCUGACAGAGCGAAGCAUCAGAGGACACAUUUCAAUGCUAGACCAUAUGCGUGUGGUGCAGCCGGGUGUGGCAAGCGAUACACCGAUCCUUCGUCCCUACGCAAGCACGUCAAAUCGCACCCGCACAUAACCAACGUACCACGCGCCUGCAUCCCACCAUCCAGACCAAUACGACGACCCGAUCAAGAGCAAAUGGUGCCCAGCUCCCCGGCCAAGUUAACAACACUGAGGUGUAUAAGGGAUAAGCUGACAGUGCCAAAGUUACAAAAGUUAUAG